UAUAAAAGGCUUUAGCUUUUUUCUCUUAUCUCAUCGCAUCAGAGCGUUGCUGUUAUCGUGUUACUAUAGCAGGUCAACGGAGAGCUUCUUAUCUCUAUUUUUAAAACAUUAAGUUACCUGUUUUAACUCCAAUUGGCUAGGAAGUUAUACGGUUAACUGAUCCAGUUGGGUUUUUUCUGAUUCCCGCUAAUGGGAUGCCUUGUUAUUUAUGUUUAGGCAUUACUUUGAAGAUGUAAAUUCCAUUGCUAAGGUAUAGAUCAUGUUUUUCUAAUAUAGUUGUUCAAGUUUAUCAGCUUCGAAAUGUAGGGAGGAUUCCAGUUUGUGUAAAUAUUUGAAAAUGGGGAUGUUGGGCUGGACUUUGUACAUGACACGCGGGAGAAAUGCAGGCGGCCUACGUGAAAGUUAUUUUCAUUUUCGAAAACUUCGGUUUAAGAUCAGAAAUUCUUCUCAAAAUAAAGUUUAGCUGUUGAGCUUUUUUCCCUUAACAAAGGAAGGGGAAGAAAAGCUUUUCUUCCAUGUUCAUUGUAAAUAUUUAUGUAUCCUAGACCUUCACGAAGACGUUACAGAACCCAUUCUAGAAGGUAUUUUCAGAGUUUACCCCGGUAGCAACCCAAAAAGCCACCCUCGCAACUGCCGUUAAUUGUUUACCGAAAUACAGAUGGCCGGAAAAAGGGGAAAACGACUGCAACAUUUUGGAUCCAAAAAGAAGAUCUAGUCACGAAGUAACCAACAGUUCACGCGGCCAGUUCUCUGGAUGUCUUUGUGCAAGACGGAAGCAACUCGAUCUUGAACCCGACCCAACAAAAUGGACCGUCCUCUCUCCAUUCAAAAGGUCGCACUGAUCGUUUUACUUAUUUGUCUUAUUCAGGUUAAAGCGCAAUCUUUUCAAGAUCCAGCUGGGGAUCUAGGAGAAACCGGCCAACAAUGCCCCAACAGCUUCGUUAACAAAGAUCUGAGCUGGUUCAGACAAAAUGCUCAAACUCUGCUCUUUAUGGAACAUCUUCAGCAACGAGCUGUUCAAGAAAACUUGUUCAAUUGGUCCAGAGAGCAAGGAUCAGAGCAAUAUCGAUCGCGGCUCCGCAAUUUGGAAGAUCAGUUUGUAAUGCCAGAAGAAAUUCCCGACGAUUGUUACGAACAAAUGCCAAUCCCGCAAAAGAUUGCGCAACGCAUCUCUUACCUGGAAGAUCGUCUGGAAGGUUGCGGAGCGGCCCAAGCGCAGCCCUGCCCUUACAGCGAAGUUAACGUUGGCGGAUUUGGAUCCGGUAUGGCUCUCCGUCGUUUGUCCGUCAUUCAAGCGGAACUUAUGCGUCAAAGGAAUGUCAUUCGCUUCAUGAGAAUGCGUCUGAUGGACAUAAAUCGACAAUGUGAAGAUUUUAUGGCGGUUCCCAGCAGGAGUUACAUGAACGAUUGCUCCGGUGGACCGGUCGAAGAAGAAAGACAGACCGGUUGUAUGAUGGGACCCCCUGGUCCACCUGGACUACCAGGUCCUGAGGGACCCCCAGGACCAGCGGGUGCAGAAGGACCUGCAGGACCCCAAGGACUACCGGGUUUGAAUGGUUUACCUGGCGAAAUGGGUCUUAGAGGGGAACCUGGUACCCCAGGCGAAUGCAAUUCCACACAACCGUGCGGACAACCCAUGCAACCCAUGCAACCCAUGCAGCCCAUGCAGCCCAUGCAGCCCAUUCAGCCACCUAUGAUUCCAUACCCCUCCCCGCCACUCAUGUGUAACCAACCGCCGUGCAUUGCGCCCAAAGCGCAGCCAUUCUAUCCGAAUCCUUGCCAAAACAAACCAAACUGUUCGCCAUUUUACCCGUUCACUGUCAAUACUUAUGCAUCAAUGCCUUCAUAUGCUGCUUCAUGGCCUUCUUAUCCGUCGUAUAGUCCUUCUCUCACUUAUUCCUUACCUUCCUAUACUUCGCAAACAUCAGCUUCUUCGUCCUUACCUUCCUAUACUUUGCAAACAUCAGCUUCUUCGUCCUUACCUUCCUAUACUUUGCAAACAUCAGCUUCUUCGUCCUUACCUUCCCAUACUUCGCAAACAUCAGCUUCUUUGUCCUUACCUUCAUUGUCGUCGCUCCCAUCCAAUUAUCCGGUGUACGACCCUUCAAGUCGCCAGGACAUCUCUCCAUCGCCUACCUUUGCACCUAAGGAAACGGAGUCGUUGAAUGGUUCAAACGAUGACGAUGACGACGACGAAGACUCCUCAAACGGUUCAUCCGAACUAUUUUGAAUGGCCAUUUUGUCUAAUGCAAGCCUUGGCUUUUACGUCGAAAACUGCCUUCGCAUGCUUGUUUUUUAAUUUUAAAAAUUCCAAUCCCAAAAAAAGAAAAACUUGGGAUUUGAGAAGGUAACUUAGUGAUUUUAAAUGUAGUAUUUGCAAUGAAACGAUUUUUCAAACAA